GGAGGCUGCUCAGAGCCCAGUGAGGAGGAUGGGGAAGCGGGAGCCCUAAGCGCCCUGCUGCUGCCCAGGGGGUCCGCCUUGCCCGUCUGAGCCGGGGCCAAAUGAAGCAGCCCCCGGCGGCGAGGUAGCCUCUCCAGCGCCCCCAGCCCAGCCCCAUGAAGCUCAUCUAGCGGAGGAGGAGGAGAGAAGCCAGAGCCGAGCCCUGCUCACUCGCACCGUCCCCAUGGCGAAGGAGAAGCCCAGGAAGGCUUUGCAGGAGCUGCUCCAGAGACCGGGCAACCAGCUGUGCGCGGACUGCUCUGCACCUGAUCCAGACUGGGCAUCACAUACCCUAGGAGUGUUUAUCUGUUUAAAUUGUUCAGGAAUCCAUCGCAAUAUCCCACAAGUCAGCAAAGUGAAAUCAGUCCGUUUAGAUUCGUGGGAUGAUGUUCAAGUUGAGUUUAUGGCCGCAAAUGGAAACAACGUAGCAAAAGCAAGAUAUGAAGCUAAAAUACCACCAUUUUAUUACAAGCCAACAUUUCCUGACUGUCAGCUGCUACGAGAACAGUGGAUCAGAGCCAAAUAUGAAAGAAAAGAAUUCAUUUACACUGAGAAGCAAGAGCCUUAUUCUGCAGGGUACAGAGAAGGGCUUCUCUGGAAGAGAGGACGUGACAAUGGGCAGUUCUUAAGCAGAAAAUUUGUGUUAUCAGAACGGGAAGGCGCACUGAAGUACUUCAACAAAAAUGAUGCAAAAGAACCCAAAGCAAUUAUGAAGAUUGAACAUUUAAAUGCGACUUUCCAGCCUUCAAAAAUAGGGAACCCACAUGGACUACAAAUCACUUACUUGAAGGACAACAGCACAAGGAAUAUCUUUGUCUAUCAUGAAGAUGGCAAGGAAACAGUGGAUUGGUUCAAUGCCAUCCGUGCAGCACGGUUCCAUUAUUUACAAGUGGCGUUCCCUGGAGCUAGCGAUGUCGAUUUGGUGCCAAAGCUUUCUAGGAACUACUUGAAGGAAGGUUACAUGGAAAAAACUGGGCCAAAGCAAACAGAAGGUUUCAAGAAGCGAUGGUUCACCAUGGAUGACCGAAGGCUGAUGUAUUUCAAAGAUCCUCUGGAUGCCUUUGCUAGAGGGGAAGUAUUUAUUGGGAGCAAGGAAAACAGCUACAAGGUCCUGGAAGGACUCCCACCAUCCACCCAGGGAAAUCACUGGCAGUAUGGGAUAACCAUUGUGACCCCAGACAGAAAAUUUCUCUUUGCUUGUGAGACAGAAAGUGAUCAGCAAGAAUGGAUUACAGCUUUUCAGAAAGUCAUAAGCAGGCCGAUGCUGCCUCAGGAAUAUGCAGUGGAAGCCCAUUUCAAGCAUAAACCUUAACUGGGACUGUCGGAGCAGACCCAAGGAAUGAGAUUAUGUUUACAACACAAGAUAGUUUUAUUUGAAAUGUUUAAAAAAUAAUAAAAGAAAAUUAGA